AUGUCGAAGGGUGGCGAGGAAGAGCUGGAGAAGCAGUAUCACGUCUACAAACAACAAUUCGAGGAGUGGCGAGAGAAGAAUAAAAGCUCGCAGGGCACGGAUGCGUAUAACGCCUAUGUGAAACAAUUCGAGGACUGGGAACGCGAUGUGGAAAAGCGACGAAAAUUGCUGAGGGAGAAGGCAUACCUAGCUCAUCACCAAGCGGGGCUCGAGCAGGACCGUCUCGGCCGAGGCCAGGUGCACGUUCAGGCCUCCGCCGCCGUCCAUUACAGCGCGACGGCCCAAGCAUCAACUAUGGCCGUGGUGGACGAGGUGAACGCGCAGAAGGUAUUGCAGCAAAUGGCCGAAGUUGUGAUGGGCGGACAGCAACCGCAAAUGCAGGAGAAGACACCCGUCUAUCAACAGCAGCCGCCUCAACAGCAAGCCCAAGCAACCCCGCCACAACUAUGGGGCGGAUCGAAACCUGUGUACGAUGUUCGAGAUCCAAUGUUUGCGAAAUGGGGUAUGCGCGCGGCCCCGGCUCAUCAGCCACCGCCGCUCCCUCCGGCGCCGAUAAUGCCGAUGCCUUAUUGGUUGAGCAUCGAAGAGAUGAAGUCUCGAAAACUGAUGAUGGCACCGAUGGGCCCGUCUCCGAUGGUACCGCCUUUCAUG